AGUUUGUUCCCGGAGCGCACUGCAGCAGACUAGAGGCUCGUGAGUCGAAGUUUAUUUGGAAGACGAGCAAGCAAAUUCCCGCCUUCGGCACUUUCUAGGCAUACAGUAAUGGCGAGUAGUCAAGCUGUGCCACGGAAAUACAUGGCUAACCUUAAUGAAUACUGUCAGAAAAGGCGAUUAAAAUUGGAAUACAAAGAUAUCAGUGUCAGAGGCCCGCCUCAUGAUCGUAUCUUCACUGUAAUGGUUGUAAUAGAAAAAAGAGAAUAUACCCAGGCGAUGGGUAAAUCCAAGAAGGAUGCAAGAAGUCGUGCGGCAAAAUUAGCUUGGGACACUAUACAACAGGAAGAGGAGGCACAUCCUGCUUCAGCACCACUGCAGCAGGCACAGCCAUUUCCCCACCCAUCUUCACCAACUCCAAAAUCUCUAGAGUGUGCUGCAAGUGCCCUGGAUAUUGCAUCUUUGCCUUCUGAUAACUUUAUUAGCUUGCUGAAUGAAUAUGCAUCAAAGAAUAACGUAACUGUUCGGUAUCCUUUGAAGGAUAAAACUGGAGAAGACCAUAAGCCAAACUUCUUCUGUGCCUGUGAGAUUGAUGAUAAAAUUUAUGGUGAAGGUACAGGACAAAACAAGCAAACAGCAAAGUUUAAUGCUGCCAAGCAAGCAUAUGAAAAGUUGAUGACCCAACCAGCUUUCAGUCCAGAACAAAAUGCUGCUUCUAUAAACACAUCACUCUGUAACUCCCAGAAAACUUCAGAAGUGGCAUCUAUGAGUAAUAUGGAUUCUGACUUGAAAUCUAAGGAUAUAAUUGACAGAGUGCCUACUGAAAUUCAUGAUGUGCAAGUAAGUGAAACAAGUAGCUGCUCAUUAGCAAGUCCCAGAGAUCCUUCUUUGAAACCAAAAAGGAAAGACACCCUGUUGGCACCCACAUUUUCAAAGCUUCAUCAAAGGGAAAGAAAGUGGACUACCAAUGAGAGAUUUCUUGAGCAAUUUAUAGAUAUAGAGAAAAUUGGUUUGGGUGGAUUUGGCCAUGUUUUCAAGGCAAAGCAUCUAAUUGAUAAGAGAAUGCGUGCUGUCAAACGAGUGAAACUCAGUUUUGAAGAGAAAGAAAUAUCAGCAGCAGAACGUGAAGUGGAAGUUUUAGCAAAACUUCACCAUGAAAACAUUGUCCAGUAUUAUGGUUGUUGGAUUGGGAAAGACAGUCUUGAAAUAGAGGACAGCAUGAGUGAGAAUAGCUCACCUUGUGACUGUCUCUUCAUAGAAAUGGAAUUUUGUGAGAAGGGUACACUGGCAGAUUGGAUGAAACUAAAAAGAGGGACAAAAAGCUGCAAGAGUGACUCUUUAAUCAAAUUCCAGCAAAUAGUGGAAGGGGUGGCAUAUAUUCAUUCAAAAGAAUUAAUUCAUAGAGAUCUCAAGCCUCUAAAUAUACUAAUAUCUAAAGAAGAUAAAAUAAAGAUAAGUGAUUUUGGAUUGGUAACAACAUGUAUAGAUGAUCCAUCAGUACAGCGGACAGAAAACAGAGGAACAAAAAGCUAUAUGGCUCCUGAGCAGGCAGGGAAAAAUUAUGGAAAAGAAGUGGAUAUCUUUCCAUUAGGAUUAAUUUUGUUUGAAAUGCUUUACAUAUUUGAAACAGAGUAUGAAAGAUCCAAGGAGUGGGAUAACAUUAGGAAAUGUGUAUUUCCAGAAACAUUUAAUAAGGCGUUUCCAGCAGAGCCAGCUCUAAUAAAGAGAAUGCUUUCAGAAGCACCAAGUAAGAGACCAUUAGCAACUACAAUCUUGAAAUUUUUAAAUGACGGCAAUCAGAAUGGCCUACACACUUGUUAGCUAAUUUUUCAGUACAUAAACAGUAUUUUGGACUGAA